AUGGAAGCAGCAUAUUCAUGGGCGUGCAGUGCCAAGACGCUGUCAUCCAAUAGAGAAGCUGCCGCAAGACUUGUUUCACUGAGUGCCAGAUCGUUGUGUCCGACGGCGAAUGCUGCAACGGCAUUGCGAGUGGGGAGGCGAUGCCUCAACGAUCUGGAUGGUGUUUUGGCGGUUGCAAUGAAGAUCCCCCCAGCUGCUGAAGAACAGAGGCUGCGUGUUUGCCGUCGACGGUCCUGCACACGACCGUUGGUUUCUUUCCGACAUGCUGACGACACGAAGCAGGCACGAGAGCGAGAAAGACUGGAGACCGCCAAAGAGCGGUUAGCACUCGGAGGCAUUGACAAUGCGAAAAUCCAGAAAGCGGUCUCAGCAGAUGAUGGUGGAGACUGGUUCGCAGCAUGUGUUCCACUCAGCUGCCUUGGCCACGAUGAUGACAUGCGCAAGUUCGUUUGGCAGCUGUACUGGCUUCGACUUGCCAAUGAUGCAUCUGGCAGCCAGGCUUCCGCAAUGGAACCUCUCGCAGCCAGCGCUCAGCUCCGCAUUCUGCGAAUCUUCGGCUCGGGAACUCCUCCGGCGUUUCCACUGCGACCCCUAGAUCCCGAUGGACUGCAGGAUCCUGGGCAUGGCCCGUUCGACCUCGUGACCGUGACCGAUGCGCCCCGGCGGGCGCAUGCACUGCGCUCCUCUGUGCGGUGGCCCCUCCGCUUGCGCCUACUCCAACCGCCAGAGGAAGAGAGGCCGUGGCAGUUUGGCUUCUUUGAUGCCGAGAGAUACUUGUUGUCCUACGUGACUCAUCUUCGCGAAAUUGGCCUUGGUGACCGUCUGGUCAUCUACGCUGAUGCAUUCGAUGUUGCAAUGUUUGAUUGCCAGCGCAAUCUCAGCAAGGCCUUGGACGAGCUACAGCGCCCAAUGGUGUUCGGAAUCGAGUUCGAUCUUUAUCCUGCCGGCAUGGACGGAUAUCCACGUCCUGCUGCAGCGAGCCAUGCAAGAGUACGUGAGGCCAAGAUGAUGGGGCUGUGCCGGAAGCAAGCUCAGAUGCCCUAUGUGUGGGAGGGCAGGCCGCCUGACGAGCAUGCUCCGUGCUUGGCAAUGUCCGAAACAACAGGUGUAGUGAGCAGCGGCUCGGAUCCAAUACACCCGGUCGCCGGAGAGUUUCUGAACGGCGGCUUCUAUGGGGGUCGCGCAGCGGAGUUGGAGAUUGCCUUGAGGCGGCUGCUGCACGUGCAGGCACAACUACCUGCAUUCGCAUGCAACGGAGACCCGUUCCGCAGGGCGGGAAAAAGCCAUCAGUACAUGUGGAACCAGUAUUUGCUGGACCAUCCAGAGCAGGUCGCAUUGGACUACGGCGGCGCAUUCGUGGUCAACUUGGCUCGGCGUUCCAUCGUCCCACGGCAAUUUGGAAUCGACGAAGAAACGGGACAGCUGAAGUCAGUCUUGUUCCAGAGGCCUGUGUGCUUCAUCCAUGCAAACGCAGCCGGUGUCGCUGACAGUACCUUCAACCUGCUACGGACGGCAUACUACCUGCAAGCUGACACAACCGCCUGGACCGGAUAUGGGGUCCCUAAAGAGCUCAAUGCUCUGCAACUGUCCGGUCUGCAGGCAGACAGGGCACGUCAGGAUCGAAUUGUGGUGGACUCCAAGCUCUGCUUCGGUGCAUUCAAGCAUGCGCCUAAGUGGCGCGGAAUCUUAUCCUACGUUUACAUGGUGACGCCGUUCAACGAAAUCACGUUUGCCGGCCUGCAAUUCUUCAUCGCUCGUCCGCUAAAGCUUCAGGAAUCACGGUCUCAUGGAGCUGAAAUGAUGUUCGACGUCGUCUCCAAGAUGGCUUUUCCAAUGCGUACCAGGAAAGAAACCGGACGUGCGAAGCCUCCAAACGGCACGCAGACCUGGUUUGAAUCGCGAAAUCGCUUUGAUGCUGCGGUCUUCGAAAUAACAGUGCGCAGUGGUGAUUGCCUGGCCUGGCGCUGCGAGCAGCGUUGUGAUCUGACGUAUGCAGAGAUCAACGAGGACGCCUUGGCCACGUCAUGGGACGCAUCCUUCUCGGAGCCGCAUGAUCGGAGGCCAGACGGAGUCUGGAUGGGAGAGACUGGACCAACUCGAGACAUUGUGGUCGGGACGAAGAUCGUGCUGAACACCUGGCUGCCCAGAAGCUAUGCUAUCGGUGCAAGCGCUGAGAUUCAUGAGUUUGGCUUCUACGAGGGCGAACGGCCACCACGGUUCAUGCCACCGGCGACAGCGAAAAGCUUUGGAUGCGAAUACGCUCAAAUCGUUCAGCAUGUGCUUUGCGAGCUAGGCUACUCCCUUGGCUGCCUCCGGUUUGGCUCAGACGAGGAAUCCUUCAAUUAG